CGAACCAAAUGUUAUCCGACGCAAAUCUAUAAUCGUCGUCCCUUAUAAAUGUCAGCGUUGUCUGAAAUAAACGCGAAAAAUAUGCCGGAGGACACGAAAUUAAUAAAUAAAAACAUAAGUACAGCAACUAAAAGUGAUACUAUGAAUAGUUUAAUUGAUAAAAACAAUAUCAAAAGUGUUAGUGAUUCCGAAACGACAAUAAAAGUUAAAAGUGUUAUUCCCAGAAAAAGACAGGAGCUACUGAAAUGGUACGGCUGGGGGUACAAAGAUUCAAUGUUCAAACUGGAAGACGGUAACGCCAUCUUUACGGGCAACAGAUAUUCAAUAGGUGGCAAGACUCUACCAUACUGCAUUCAAUGGGUUAAUGAAAAUUUCAACGUGGAUAUAACCAAACCACCGAAGAUUCCAUUAUUACCCGACUCGUUCACAAGAAGCAGACUACCUGAUAACAUUAAAGAGGAGUUGGAGAAGAUAGCUCUUGUCAGUGUUGACGGUUUGGACAGAUUGAUCAGAGCACACGGACAGACACUCAAAGAUAUAUCACUGUUAAGAAGUAACAGCUUCAAAAGAAUACCUGAUGCUGUUAUAUGGCCUGAGAGUCACGAACAAGUGGUACAAAUCGUGCAGUGCGCGUCCCGGCAUCGUUUCGUGAUCAUCCCGUUCGGCGGUGGUACGUCAGUGUCCGGUGCGAUUACCUGCCCGGAGGACGAGCCGCGGCCGAUAGUCGUACUGGAUACAAGCGAUAUGAACUCCAUACUAUGGAUGGAUAAGGAACAAUUGCUGGCUAGAGUGCAGGCGGGUAUCGUAGGCCAGGAUUUAGAGCGAGAGAUGCGUGCUCGGGGGUUCACGGUCGGCCAUGAACCAGAUUCAUACGAGUUCUCUACGUUGGGAGGAUGGGUCGCAACUCGUGCUAGCGGCAUGAAGAAGAACACGUACGGGAAUAUUGAGGAGCUGGUUGUGCAGACUAAGGUGGUGACUCCAGCAGGUGUGAUAGAGAGGAGUUGUCGAGUGCCGCGCAUCUCGUGCGGCCCCGACUGGGAACAUGUCGUCAUGGGAUCCGAAGGAUGUCUCGGUGUUGUUACUGAGGUGACACUAAAGAUCCGUCCACUCCCACCAGUGGUGCGGUACGGAUCUCUGGUCUUCCCCCAUUGGGAGGCCGGCUUCAAGUUUGAGAGGGAAGUGGCGCGGCAAAGACUGCAGCCAUCCAGCAUACGUCUCAUGGAUAACGAACAGUUUCGUUUCGGUCACGCGGUUAAGACGGAAUCGUCUUGGGGUGGAGUGAUACUGGACGGGCUGAAGAAGUUCUACAUAACUUGUAUCAAGGGCUUCGACCCUCACAAGUUGUGUGUGGUGACGCUGCUGAUGGAGGGCAGCAGCGAGCAGGUGGCCGACAGGGAGAAGAAGCUGAACGCCAUCGCCGCACUCUUCGGGGGUAUACCGGGGGGUGCUAACAAUGGAGAGGUCGGGUACACAUUGACCUUCGUCAUCGCUUAUAUACGGGAUCUGGCGCUGGAGUACGAUAUAGUGGCGGAGUCGUUCGAGACUUCGGUAUCGUGGGACCGUACGUUGUCUUUGUGCGCUAACACAAAGCGACGUGUUCGUGACGAGUGUGCUCGCAGACAUAUUGACCGCUAUCUCAUCUCCUGUCGACUUACACAGACUUAUGACGCGGGAUGCUGCAUCUACUUCUACUUCGCGUUCAACAGUGCGGGCUGCACAGAUGCAGUCGCUACAUACGAGGAGAUCGAGGAUGCUGCACGCGACGAGAUACUUGCCAACGGAGGUUCAAUAUCUCAUCACCAUGGUAUAGGCAAGCUGCGUAAGAAAUGGUACGAGCAGACAGUGAGCUCUGCUGGCCGCAGACUGCUGCUGGCGGCCAAACAAGCGCUAGAUCCAGACAAUAUAUUCGCAUUGGGCAAUAUGGCCUUCGACGAAUACACAAACGAACAUGAAAUCAAGAGUAAAUUAUAAUUAAUGUAUAAUUAAUGGAAUUAUGGAGUUCUAGAUUUAGUUU